CCACACGUAUACUAUUUUUUUUUUUUAUUCAGGCGGAACAAUUAAUUCUUCCUUUUUUGAGCCGGAAAACAAACUUUUGCCCAACGCAGGGAAGAUAUUUCCAAACGGACUACGUAUUGAUCUGUUUUCAUGAUAACGUUUGCCUCGUCAGAUUGAGCAGAGGUUUGCAGGUGGAGGGAUGAAUUUCUCCCCUGCGGUUGACGCAGAGGUGCCAGAAACUCCCAAUGGGGUUCCCUCGUCCGAAAAUAGCCCUUAUUUUGCGGACCCGUCAAAAUGCGUAGGGCGUAAAGUGGACUUUUCUGAAGAUUCGUCACGGGACGGCUCCUUCAGACACGCGGAGAACCAUGUGGAUGGAAUAAAAGGACUUGAUGAUCACUACCGCAAAGUCAGUGAAAUGGGAGACAUUGCGAGAAAGGAUCAUUUUUCUCUGGACUCCUCUGAGGACGCAGACACGGCACCCUCUGACGACGCCGUAGUCUGUCCUGCCGUACAAGAGGACAAAUCGCAAAAAGUAUCACACGAACUUAUGUCUUGGAGAGGACAUCCUUUUGUUGCUGACAUGGACAGCGGAGAGGAGGAGAAAGAGAAACAUGAGGAGGAUGAGAAGAAUGAAAAGAAGUGGUGGAACGAGUCCCAGGGUGAGAAAAAGGAGAUUGAGUCUUUACAUCAUUACUCCUCAUCAGCACCCGGUCCCAGCACCUCGUACUCCCGACUGGCGCCAGCUUCCCUCCACUCAGGCGACGAUGCGCCCUGUCCCCCUCACGUCAUGGCCCAAGUUUGGGUCCGCAAUGUCCGAGGGAUGCAGGACAGCAAGAGCCUGGAUGAGAUCAGUCAAGCCUGCGGAGGUGGAGUAGGGACCCGGGGAGCGGGCAGGGGGGGCCAAUCCGAAGGCAGACGUGCAACAAUCUCCUCGGCCCUCGAGCUGGAGGGCACGGUCAGCCACGAGGGAGACCUCACCAACUUUAUCACCAAGAAUCUAGAGCAGAAGAUCAAGAUGAGUUCAAAGCCCAGUUUGGACUGCAGUGACUCUGACUGUUCGGGUCCCAUAUACCGAAGCCGAGGACUGUUACGGCGACUGGCGGACAUCCCGCCCAUUGAUCCGACCGUCCUGGUGGACCUGCAGAGGCACACGCAGGAUAUAGCGCAGAGCGUCGAGAUGAUGAUGCGCAGCCUUAACGGGACCAUUCAGAAUAUGACGGCUCUGAGUGUUGGCUACAUCCAAACAUAUAGAGACUCGGUGGACAGCCUAGGAGAGUCUGUGGACAUGAGUAUCAAGGGCAUGUACACGCUGAUGGCGCGAUGUGAGGAAUUGGACCGAUCCAUGCAGCCCAUUAACAUCCUGGCGGCGCAGAUACGAGACAUUAAACGAACCCUUGAUGCUUUGGAGGCCAUCUGCAAGUAACUUAAGCCACCUUUUGUGAUACUCGUCACAGCAUCCACAUCCCAGGAACCUCUUCUGCACUCUUUACUACUGCGGUCACCGGGCAUGCUGGAUUAUUUGGCACUCCUUCGUUAACCAUGAUCACGUCACUGUAUUGUACUUGAUUCUUUUAAUCGCUCCGGUCAAAAACAAAAACAAACAAACAAACUGGAGGAUGCAGGUUUUGUGCUCGUUUUGUUCAGAUUGCAAUAACCUCUCCUUCCCACAUGAGGGCGAUAUAUCUCGUUUGUUCCAAUGACAGACUUUUUGGGUGUACGAAAUAGCUAUUUUUUAAUAAAAUGCAAUAAUGUCA